AUGUGGUCACCGCUCGCAUUAUUCUUCUUGGUUGGGUACGCCCUUGCCUCAACACCGGCCUUCAAAGAAAAUACCGAAUAUGUAUACCAAAUUAGUGGACGAACCCUAAGCAACUUAAACGAAGUUUCCGAUCAGUAUUCUGGCAUUUUCUUGAAAGCCAAACUCCACAUCUCCAAACGCUCCGAUGGAAAAGUACAAGGAAGGAUAUCCGGUUCCCAGUAUGCCCAAAUUCACAGCCACUUGCCCAACGGCUGGGAUACAGAAGUCCCUGAAUCCCAAAUGAGCUACAAGCAACUAAGCCUCUCUGAAAAACCUUUCCAAAUGGUUGUUGAAGAUGGUCUUAUCCAAAAUAUUAUUAUGGAAAAAGAGGUCAGUAACUGGGAAGCCAAUGUCAUCAAAAGUAUUGCUAGUCAAUACCAACUGGAUGUCCAAGGAAAGAACGUAAUUCCCAACCCAAUUAACAACUUACCAAGUGGGGAGGAUAUGAACGGAGUAUUCAAAACCAUGGAAAAAACCGUCACAGGUGAAACCGAAACCACAUACAAAAUCCACAACUUGCCUAUGUACAUCCUUCAGUCUCAGCCGUGGUUGGCUCCAAAAGCUGAUCUCCAAGGAGAAAGCGAAGUAUUCGAAGUCAUCAAGAGUAAGAACUAUACCAAUUCCGAAGAGAAGCCUUCCUAUCACUAUGGUUUUGGAGAUAUAACUGAUGGCAAACCUACCGACAACAGUUUAGGGGAAUUUUUAACAAGACAGUCCCAAUCUCGUGUUAUUUUGACUGGUAAACCCUCUAGAUAUACCAUUCAAAACAGUUACACCAUUAACAAGAUCGUCAUUACACCAAGUUUAAACAACAAAGAAAGGGGAUCUGUUAUCAGUGUUGUCAACGUCACUUUGGCCGAAAUCAAAAACCAGAACCAACAGCCUGAAGAUCUAUCCAAUCCUGUUGACAUCGGAGAUCUUGUAUACACUUAUGGAAAUCCUUUUUCUCAAAAUGAUCAAGUACGUCAAAAGAACAUGCAACAUUACAGCUCUAACGAAGCUGUAAGUGAGGAAAGCAAUGAGGGUUUAUGGCGCAGACAUCCCCGCUCAAUUUCCCAAAGCAUUGAAAAAUACAACAGGGAAAGUAGUUCUUCUGAAGAAUAUGAACAACGUCAACCAAGACCUCAAAUGAACCAUGCUCCAGAAUCUCCUCUCCUUCCAUACUUGAUGGGAUACCAUGGAAGAUCUAUCAGACAAAACCGUGACUUUGAUCUCAAACAAAACGUACAAACUAUGGCCCAAGAAAUUAGUGAAGACUUACAAGAACCAGAAAAAAUCCUCACACAGUCCACCUUGAGCAAAUUCACAAUGCUUGCUUCCUUUAUUAGAUUAAUGAACGAAGAAGAAAUCAACUAUGUAGCCGAACAAUUGUAUACCCAAUCCGGACAAGGUAAAGAACGUUUAGCCUGGGAAGUUUACCGUGACGCUGUAGCUGAAGCUGGAACAGGACCUGCCUUCCUUAACAUCCAAAACUGGAUUGAGAACAAAAAAAUUAGCAACAGAGAAGCUUCCGAUGUUGUCUCUACCAUAGCCCGUUCAGUGCGCACCCCCACUGACGAAUAUAUGCAGAAGUUCUACGAACUGACCAAAAGCAGCAAAGUUAAAGAACAACUCUACCUCAACCAAACAGCUGUUCUCUCAUAUGCCAACCUCGUAUACAGAGUUUACAUCAACAGAAACGAGUCCCACAAUCAGUAUCCAGUACACAGCUUUGGAAAUUUCAACACUAAAACAGGCCGCCAAUUUGUAAAAGAUGUAGUAAUCCCAUACUACGGUCAACAACUCGAACAGGCCAUUGCUGAAGCUGAUGCUCCUAGAGUACACUUGUACAUUACUGCUUUAGGCUAUAUUGGACAUAAAAAUAUUUUAAGCUUGUUUGAACCUUAUUUGGAGGGACAAAAACAAUGCUCUCAGUUCCAACGCAUGUUAAUGGUCGUUUCUUUGAGAAGACUCGCCAAAACUAAACCAUCUCAAGCUCUCCCUGUACUAUACCAAAUUUACCAAAACGCUGGAGAACUACCCGAAGUUAGAAUUAACGCAGCUUACAUACUAUUCAAAAAUCCUGAAGUUCUAUCCGAAAGAUUACAAAGCAUGGCAGAAAAUACCAACGUUGAAUAUCAAGAACAAUUAAACGCUGCUGUAAAAUCAGCUAUCGAAACAGCUUCUCGACUUCGCUCAAGCAAAAACCAUGCCCUACACAAAGCCGCCCAAUCUGCCUUGCCACUUCUUACCAAAAAACUCUACGGAGGAGACAAAGCAUCCAUUGACUACAGCGACAGCAUUAUGAGUGAAAUGCAUACUGAACUCGAACAAGAAUUCCUUCAAAUUGGCAGUCCUGACAGCUACUGGCCUAAGGUUUUGAAACUCUCCGCCCGCGGACGAGUAAACGAAAUGCCACGAGACUACUUUUCAAUUGGUGGUAUGACAUCCAGCAUCAAGGAAUUGAUGCAUGUUGUAUACCAACAAACUGACAGUUACAAACAAGCUAAAAAACAGAGAUCUCAGCAACAAAGCGGAGAAAGUAAAUGGUCCAGUGCCAACAUCGCCCACUACAUGAACUACCAAACAGAAGAAAGAGAACAACUUGAAAGCUACAUCUUUUCUGAAAUGGCCGGAAUCUCCCAAUUGUGGUCCUUUGACAACCAAACCAUUGAACGCUUACCCGAAGUUAUUCGUCAACAAGAAGAAAUCCUAAACAAAGGCAAGCAAUUCAGUUACACAAAACUACAACAAGUUGAAGAACUCGCUCUGUCUGUUCCCACUGAAAUGGGUCUGCCAUUUUUGUAUACUUCAGACAUGCCUGUUCUUGUUAGAUUCGAAGGAAAGAUCCAAGCUAAAGCUACUCCUCAAAUUUCCGAUGGCAAGAGGCUAAUCAAGCCUGACCAAAUAACUGCUCAAAUCGAGGGAUCAGUAACUUUCAGCGUUAAAGGUCAGAGUCAUUUAUCAUUCGUAACACCUUUCGACCAUCAAAUCUACACUGCUGGAUUUGACAGGAAUGUUCAAGCACAUUUACCAGUAUAUGCCAAGGCUGAAAUUGAUGUUAAGAACACUGAAUCUAAAGUUGAAUUUGAAGUGAAAGAACCCCAUAACAAUGCUCGUCUCUUCCACUACAGCAGUUGGCCUUACACGUCCAGAAGCGAUCUCAUGAGCACUGUUCCCGUCGCCUUAAGACCAAAUACCCAAAUCAUUACUCCUCAAGCAAACAAAUUCAGAUACUUCGACACAGUUUUUGGUAAAAAAGAAACAGGCAUCUCAUUCAGAGCUUGGGGACAUCAUCCUAUCCAAUCAAUCAAUCUUGGUGAAGUAGCUCAUAUGUUGAAAUCCAGAGAUGUUGAUACUCUGUUGCAAUGGUUGUGGGAUCGUGCUUCCCUGCAACAAACUGAGGCAUCUAUAGCCUAUGUACCCAGCCAGUCUGCUACGAAAAAGGUAACUUUCCGUUUCAGUCAUCGCGAUCAGUACAAAAUGCAACCUGAGACCCAAAACCAGGAAGAAUUCCUCAACUAUGACCAGUUAGCUGAAAAGACUCAAGGCGCGCAACAACAAUACCACGAAAAAUUACUUAAAUACGUCGGAGCUGGAAUCAGGAGCGCUCAACUUCACUCUUGCGCAUUUUCAUUGGAAUUCCAAGGAGACAAAAAAUACCAACACUCCUUCGGUGUUACCUUUGGAAAGAGUAACGCUGACCCUAGUUCCAGAGCAAUUAUGUACUACAAACAAAAUGGUGAACAGCAACACCUAUGCUCUUUAGAUGUAAAAGGUUACGUGCCAAACACCAACGGUCUGGACCUUACUUACUCCCUGAAAAACGCACCUGAAGCAAAAUACGAAGUACGCAUGUUAUGCGGAGCUAACCAAAACGAAGCUGCUUUGGUAUCCGGAAAAGUUAACUUCAGAAGAAGCGAUGAACGAAAAGAAAGGCUAACUCAAAAACCUAUGUAUAAUGAGUGCAAAAAAGAAAUGCAAGAAGGCAACUUCCAACUUCCAGCCUGCCAGAACAUGACCAUCGAAUCUAACUUCCUAGAUGUUAUUGAAUCUGAAUGGAAAUACUCCAACAUUAAGAGAAGGUACCAAGAUAUCAUAAAGGGCGUAUUCCAAGGAUUAAGAGUUUACUACUAUCCUGAAACUGAAAUUGAAAGUAUCAGCUCCCAACAAGACAAAGUUGAAUUUAGGGUAAAAUUCGAACCCGAAGAAUUGAGAAGACUGAAUAUGACCAUUGUCAGCGGUGAUGAGAGGACGAUAAUGUACGAUAUGCCCCUUAACAAUGAAAUCGCAAGAGCUUUGUUUGUACCUCACCCUGUUUUCCAUGCCCCAUCCAGACUUAUUGGAGUCCUUAAAGGAUGGCCACUAUUCAGGCCCACUUGUGUUAUUGACCAAACAUCUGCCCAAACCUUCAACAACAGAACUUAUCCACUCUCUCUUGGAACCGAAUGGACUGUAGCUCUCCAGUAUGUUCCACAAGAAGCUCGCAGAUCUGACCUUAAGACUGAAACUGUUGAAGAACAACUAAAACGUCAACAAGAAAACUACGCCGUUCUAGUGCGCCAAUCGUCUGCCCAAGAAAAAGAAAUAAUGAUCACCUUUAACCAUCCAAAAUCUGACGGCAAAACUGUAGAAAUCAACAUGAAGGCUCAACAACAAAGCCAACGUUCUGGCUCAAGCCCACUCGCUGCCGUUUACGUCGACAGCAAAGAAAUGAAGUUUAACGACAAACAAUCAGCUGAUUUACACAACGGUUUGGUCCAAAUCUAUGCCUUACCAAAUGGAGAAGUUAAAGUAGAUAUGCAAAAUGCAUUCUAUGUGAUCUUCGAUGGUAAACGCGUCAAGCUUACCUCUACCAGCAGCACACUCCGUGACUCCAACAAAGGACUUUGUGGAAAAUUCAGCCAUGACAAGUACGAAGAUUUCACUGUACCAGCCAACUGUAUCGUAUCUGACUACGCCAAAUUUGUUAAGAACUACGAAAUGGGCUCUGAAAACAGGAGACCAAAAGAAGAAAGCCAAGACUGUGUUCGUAAAGUAAUGCCCUUGUAUGCUGAUGUUGUUUCUGACAGGAGCAGACAUUUGACAAGCGAAUCAUCCAGCAAAAUUCAACUGAGAAAUCGCUUCGUUGAAGAAAAUGGCAGCAUAUGCUUCACAAUCCGCCCUGUACCUACCUGCAGAGGAAGUCCCCGCAAGACCCUUUCUAAACCAGUAGCUGUCCACUGUGUCGACAAGAGCAAAACUGCUCUAUAUUUGAAGAAACAAAUCGAGAAAGGUGCCAACCCCGACUUCAGUCAAAAGUCUGAAACCAAGCAAAUUCUGAUGAACCUUGCUCAAGAAUGUUAAGAUAUUUUUAUAACGACCACGGCUUUAGUAUUUAAUAAACGAACAUCCCAAAAAAUGUAAAAAAAAUAAAUAUACAUAUUUUUCAUACAACUA